AUGUCUAGCAGUGAGACUGUAACUGUGGACGAAAGUGCUCCCUUUCAUAUCUCGACCGUCGAGUACGAGACGCCUAACCAACGACGGAGCUCCUUCAUUGAGACCGUAGCGAAUGGAGCUGUGGUUAUCGAUCAAGAGAAGUUCGGAGUACGGACUCGGUCUCGAGAGGCAUCAGCUCCGAGCUCACUUCCGGCUGAUGCACCUCCAGAUGGAGGACUCCGAGCAUGGAGUACGGUCGUCGGUGCCUGGUGCGGCAUGUUCGUGAGCUUCGGCUGGAUCAGCUGCAUCGGUGUCUUCAUUGACUACUACAAAGCCCACCAGCUUCGAGAUGGCCCCUUCGUCGGUAUAAUCUUCGACAACUUCGGCCCGCGCUGGGUCCUCCUCUCCGGCUCAUUCCUACAUCUCUUCGGCCUAAUGAUGAUCUCCAUCUCCUCAAAAUACUACCAAUUCCUCCUCGCGCAAGGCAUCUGCAGCCCAAUUGGCACAAGCGCUCUCUUCCACAUCAGCAUCAACUGCGUAAACACCUGGUUCCGUCGCCGCCGCGCCCUCGCCCUCGGAAUCACAGUCAGCGGCUCAGGCUUUGGGGGCAUCAUUUUCCCUAUCAUGCUGGCGCGGAUCACACAGCUGGUGGACUUUGGCUGGGCGAUCCGCACCUGCGCGUUCACAAGCUUGUUCCUGCUGAUCAUCACAAAUGGGACCAUCCGCUCGAGACUGAAGCAUAAGCGACGAAGCCCGUUGUGUCACCCGCUGGAUUUCCUGAGGCCUCUUCGGGAGAUCCCGUUCGUCUUAACGAGCGCAGCGUCGUACCUGCUCGCUAUUCUCAAUGCUGGAAGCAUCCCCGGCCGCAUCCUCCCCCCUUAUAUCGCCGACCACCUCGGCCGCUUCAACCUCAUGAUCCUGACAACGCUCGCCUGUAUAAUCCUCGUGUUAGCCCUCUGGCUCCCGAGCCGAAGCAACGGGCCAGCAAUCGCAUUCGCCGUGCUGUACGGGUUCACCGGCGGCUCAGCCGUCUCUCUCGCGCCGGCUCUCGUCGCGCAGAUCUCCGAUAUCCGGCAGAUUGGUGUGCGUAGCGGGACGUAUUUUGCCAUUGCGGCGUUUGCGGCUCUCACGGGGACGCCCAUUGCUGGGGCGCUCUUGCCGGAGCCGCUGAGUGGGAGCUAUUUGGGUAUGGAGUUGUUUUGUGCGGGGAGUAUGGCUGUUGCGGUUGUGUUUUAUGGGGUUGCGAGAGGGAUUGUUCCGGGGGGUGGGUGGGGGUUGAGGGUUAGGGUUUAG